AACAACCUUGACAUUGAGGUGGGCGCUUCAACACUCUUUUAAGAGUGAUGAUUGGAGGUUAUUUCUCCUUUCUGAAGGAUGUCCUUUGUACUCAGUGGGCAAUAGUCACAGCUUUGUUCCUGUUAUUUGCUGUGUAUAUUACACCGAAGAUUUUAGUUAUUGUCUUGUCGUCAUUUCUCAGCAAAUUCAUUCCAUGUAUCCUCACUGUUCAGAGAUUUGGAUUUAUUUGGGCCCACGGUAUAAACAUCACGUUUAUAAGUGGAGAGUGUAUGUGUGUGAAAGCUGUAUAUCUGAGCAGUAGUUUGUGGAACACGAAGGCUAAAACCUUGGUGUCCGCGGUGGUGACGGGUGUUGAAUUUCGUGUAACGGAUGUUGGGUUACAUAGUAUAGUAAAGGUAAUCCAACGUAAGGGAGAUGACGGAAAUCGAAAUGCACCUGGGAAAUACUCUUUCAAGUCUUGGAGAACUAGAUUAAUGUCCUUCCUUUCAGUAGAUAUUUCAUCCAUACAAAUAAUUGUCUUGUCAACUAAAUUUUUGGAUGAGACUUAUUUCAUAAAUCGCAAGGAGGAUGACAAUAGUAGUGAUUCUAUCUGUCGUCAAUGUUCCACUCAUAUCAAUGGUUCCGUUAGUAGUAAUUCUCAAUCUGCACAAAUUCUCAAUCAACAAAUCCAUUUAAACAAAACUAGUAAAUUUGCUUUAACUUUACAGUUAACAAAUGUAACAAUGUUAUUUCAUGUCAGUAUGAGACAGGUUUAUGUGAAUCUACAUGUGUCACAUAUUUGUGGAAAGUUAUUGUGUAUGCCAGUAUUCUCAGAGAAUUGGUUACACAAUGAUAUAAACAAGAAUUGGGAUGUUAUGUUUGAAAAUUGUUAUAUACUGGGUCAUCUUCGAUUGCGAUUGUUUAUUAGUACGCUUUUAGAGCUUCAAAAUGUUAACAAUUCCACAUCAAUGAGUUCAUUUAUUAAAUCAAUAGAUUUAAAAUUAUAUGGAUUACGUGUUGCUGUAUUAGAAGAGUUAAUUGAUUUGUUAAAUUGGAAGCUGUUUACAAGUCAGACGAGUGUUUUGUUAUCUGCAUCAUCGAAUACCUCAUCUACGCUUUCUUUACCACUAACCCAGUCACUACCUUCAACAAUAACACCACCAUACACCACUCAUUGCCAUCUAAUCAAUCGUCAUCAUCAGAUCGAAAAUCAGACAUUGAAACAUCCUCCUUUCGGUUUAAAACAAGAACACGAGGACAGUUCACUCUGUGAUAAUGAAAUGAUUCAGUCAUAUUUUCAAUCUGUUCAACAGAUGAAUCAUUCAAUUAAAUUGUGUAUAGCAUUUCUACCCUUGGAAUGUAUGCUACCCAACGAACAACAAGAAAAACAAAACCAGGAAAAUUCAUUUUUACCAGAAAUGGGAUUUCAUUUUGAAAUAAUUCGAUAUUCGUUUAAAAGGAGUUUACAAUUGUAUUUUAUAUCUUCGCAUUUAUCUAUGGAAUUCGAUUUGCUGCUAACUAAUAGUAGAAUGGAUAUACAUGAAGAUUCUUCUGCAACAUCUAAUAAUUCACUACUCACUGAGCAUUAUUCUACUCAUCAUAUCAGUAGUAUUAGUCUUUCAACUUUUCGAUUUCAUUUGGACAAUUUACGUCUAUUGAAUGGUUGGAAUAAUCAGACUGAAUAUUGUCUAUUAGAUGUCAGGAUUCAUUUAAUUGAAGUGACUGAACAACUUGAAUCAUCUGUAUGCAAUCUAUGCAUCAAUAUUCUGCAUCCAUUUGUAUUUUAUACACAUGAAAGCGUUGAAGAAUUGAGAUUUUAUCAAAAGCUAAUCACAUAUUGUUAUUUAAUUGGACAAUGGUGGAGAGUAUUUCGUCGAAGCAUAGAACCAUUGACUGCGACAGCUUCCACCACCACCACUACUGCUGCUCCUAUGAAGACUGAUAUUCUUUCGUCAUCCUCAGUGUUAUAUAAUAAUCGCCACACUAAUCAUAACACUGAUAUGAAGGUUGAAUACUGUUCACAGAAUAAAUAUCCUAAGAUAUUUCAAUAUCUUGGAUUAAGCUCCCAUCAGUUAAAUGCACGUAUACACCUUGCUGGUGUUAGUAGUAAUAGUAAUAAUAAUAAUAGUGCUGUUGGAAGUAAUGAUACUCAUCCCAGUGGUACACCUUCUAAAUCAUUCAGUUUUAUCAAUAACACUGAAAAGAAACAGUUGAAUCAAUAUUCUUCGCAUUAUGAUCAAAUACUUAUGGAGAGAAUGAAGAAUAAAGAAAUUCCACAGAUUUUAUGCAUCCUUUUUCCACAUCCUGAUUCACCUGGACUACAGUUUGGAUUAUUAAAUUCUGUGAUAAAUCUUCAGUGUGAUUUCCAUGAUUUUAAUAUUGAAAAACCUAUGGAAAUUUUAAAUUCAACAGAUUUUAAUUUAACUUCAUCAAGUAUACAUAUCUGUUUGUUGGAUAAAAUGAAUACACCUCAGUCUGUACCUGUACCACAUGUUUUUAGUCAAACUCAUAUUUCACAAAUUACAUCACAUUCCUUACCGUUAUACAACAGUCUUUCUUCACUUCGUUCUACUUCUACACCAUUAUCAUCAUUAUCAAAUCUAACAUACUCAUAUAUUCGUCAAUUGCCUAGCUUAAAUGAACAUUAUUGGGGAUAUUUAUUAUACAUACAUGAAAUAGAUAUUUGGAACCAUAAAUGUCAAAUUGGUUUCAAAUUGACCAGUACACGAAUAGAAUGGCCAUCAUUGGCAAUCAGUCGGUUAGCGCACUACUUUCAAUUGCAAUGCCAAGAUUAUGCGCUUACUCAAAGUACCAGCUGUAAGCGUCAUUAUAGUACUACUACUCACAAUGGUAAUAGUAGUAGUAGUAGUUUCACAAAAGGCAUUGAUCAUUAUCAUUCCCUAAGUGGAUUCUCUUCUUCACUGCAUUAUCAUAUCACUGAAGAUUAUUCAUCAUCAGUAAAGAAUUCAAUACAAUUUGAUGGAGUUUUAGAAAAUAUCAAUCUUUUUCUUGUUAGUAAUAAUAACACAUUUCUCAUGUUACGCAUAGACAGUCAACGUAUCUCAUCCCAAUUCACUUCACCAACUCAUCAAACAGAUAAACUAGCCAAUUUGAAUAGUUGUUCAACACGUGUAACACUGACUGGUAAUAAAUUAAUUUACAGUUCACAUGUAAUAAUGCCUAAUACCUAUUCAAUGGCUUCAAUAUAUCCAUAUAAAAUAUUGUCAAGUACUGAAAUCAUUAUCAAAGAUGAAGAUGAUAAUGUUGGUGGUGUGGGUGGCGGUGUAAUUUUCUCAUUGCCUGAAGUUCAUGCGGAUAUAAGAUUACCGCAUAAGUGUAUUGAUAUCUCACCAAUUGGUUCUUGUGAAUUUGUCUGGUCAUUAGCAUUUCAUUUAUGCUUACGUAGUAUAUUACAAUCAUGGAAAGAAGUUAGUGGGAAAUUUUCAUCAGGAUUCAAUCAAUUAUUCUCUACAGGGAUGACAAAUUGGUCUAACUGUAAUUGUCAACAGAUUCAGUCGGUCAAAUCACCGCCGUUGCCACCACCACCACUGCCGCCAACUUCAUCAUCAUCCUCCACAGCAACAGCAUCACUUACAACCACAGGAAUGACGUCGUCCACCUUCAUGACACUCUCCGGACUACGUAAAACAAGUAAUACGACGACACCGACUCCGAUCACUACUAGUAGUAGUAGUAAAGAUAAUCCUGCUGUAUGGAGAUUUAACUUGAAGACUAAUGAGUCAAUUAUUCAAUUGUAUUUCAAAUUAUUAUCUAAACAGCAUUUUAUUUUACUGCAUGUAGACAGUUUAUCUUUUUCGUAUAUUUCAAAACUAUCAACUACUACUACUGCUACUAACUAA